UCAAAAACCCUCGCUGCAGUCACACACAGUGCCACACUCUCCCUUCUUCCCCCUUUUCAAAUCCCCAAAAAUGGAAGAAGAAGACCAACAAAAAGUCGCAGAUCUGGUCAAGGAGCUCGUCAUUCGCCUCGUCGCCGAAAACCCCACCUCUUCUUCAUCUCACCCACCAAAUCUCCAGACCUCCCUCCGCUACGCGAUUCGCAUACUCUCCAGCCGAUUGACCCCCUCCGUCGCCCCCGACGCCGCCGCCAUCGCCGAGUCCACCAAACGCCGCCUCGCCACCCAAGGUAAGUCCUCCCAGGCCCUAACCUUCGCCGAUCUUUACACCAAAUUCGCAUCGAAAACUGGGCCCGGAAGUGUAGAUAACAAGUGGGCUGUGCUUUAUUUGCUUAAGAUUAUAUCCGAGGAUCGAAAGAAUGUGAAUUCCCAGUUGGAUUCUUCGAUUUUGUUGCCCAAUUUGGGUUUAUACGACGCCGAAUCGGGCGAAGAGUCUAGGAUUUUGGGAGGGAGGGGUAGUGGGGAGAAGGGAUGGAGUAAUGGGGUUUUGUUGGUUUCCAAGGACCCAGAGAAUCUCCGGGAAAUUGCGUUUAGGGAGUUUGUUAAUUUGGUUAAGGAGGAGAGUGAGGUUUCCGAGGAGGCUUUGGUUAGAGAUGUGUUGUAUGCUUGUCAGGGAAUUGAUGGGAAGUAUGUGAAAUUUGAUAGUAAUGCGGAUGGAUAUGUUUUGUCCGAUUUGGUUAAGGUUCCAAGAGGUACUAGGAUUAUGGUGAGGAAGCUUUGUGAGUUGGGGUGGUUGUUUAGGAAGGUUAAGGGGUAUAUAUCGGAGAGUAUGGAUGGGUUUCCGUCUGCAGAUGUUGGAACCAUUGGGCAGGCAUUCUGUGCUGCAUUGCAAGAUGAGUUGUCGGAUUAUUAUAAGUUAUUGGCAGUGCUUGAAGCGCAGGCGAUGAAUCCGAUUCCUUUGGUAUCGGAGACAGUGAGCUCUGGGAAUUAUCUUUCUUUGAGGAGGUUGUCUGUUUGGUUUGCAGAGCCAAUGGUGAAAAUGAGGUUGAUGGCUGUUUUGGUUGAUAAGUGUAGGGUUUUGAGGGGUGGGGCGAGGGCUGGGGCUAUUCAUAUGCAUGCUCAGCAUGGUGACCCUUUAGUGCAUGAGUUCAUGGGGCGGUUACUCCGUCGGGUGUGCUCCCCACUAUUUGAGAUGGUCAGGAGUUGGGUUUUGGAAGGAGAGUUGGAAGAUGUUUUUGCUGAAUUCUUUAUCGUGGGUCAGCCAGUGAAAGCUGAAUCUCUUUGGAGGGAAGGUUACAUGCUCCAUGCGGGGAUGCUUCCUUCUUUCAUUUCACAAUCUCUUGCUCAACGCAUUCUGAGGACUGGAAAGUCAAUCAAUUUCCUUCGGGUCUGUUGCGAAGAUCUUGGUUGGGCUGAUGCUGCAACAGAAGCUGCAGCUGCUGCUGGCACCACAACAAGAAGAUGGGGUCUGGGAUAUGGUGAAACUGAUGCUCUUGAGUCUUUGGUCGAUGGAGCAGCGAAAAGAGUUGAUAAGCAUUUGUUGGAUGUUAUAUACAACCAGUAUAAAUUCAAGGAGCACUGUCUUGCGAUAAAGCGGUAUUUAUUGCUUGGACAGGGUGAUUUUGUUCAGUACCUAAUGGAUAUUGUUGGGCCAGAGCUUUCUGAGCCUGCCAACACUAUAAGCUCUUUUCAGCUUGCUGGGUUGCUGGAAACUGCAAUUCGGUCUUCAAAUGCUCAGUAUGAUGAUCGUGACAUAUUGGAUAGAUUGAAGGUAAAGAUGAUGCCACAUGAAACUGGAGAUAGGGGUUGGGAUGUAUUCUCAUUGGAAUAUGAUGCAAGGGUUCCUUUAGAUACUGUUUUUACGGAGUCCGUGAUGACAAAGUAUUUAAGAAUAUUUAAUUUCUUGUGGAAGCUUCGACGAGUAGAGCAUGCCCUUAUUGGUGCUUGGAAGACUAUGAAACCAAAUUGUAUCACUUCCCGUUCCUUUAUGAAGCUGCAGAAAUCAGUUAAGCUGCAGUUGCUUUCAACGCUGAGACGAUGCCAGGUUCUUUGGGACGAGAUGAAUCAUUUUGUUUCAAACUUUCAGUACUAUAUUAUGUUUGAAGUUUUGGAGGUGUCAUGGUCUAACUUUUUGAACGAAAUGGAGGUUGCCAAGGACCUUGAUGAUCUACUUGCUGCACAUGAAAAGUACCUCCAUUCAAUUGUGGAGAAAUCCCUCCUUGGAGAACGUUCCCAGACCCUUUACAGCUCACUCUUUGCCUUGUUAGAUCUUAUAUUGAAAUUUCAAAGUCAUGCUGAUAGAUUGUCUGAAGGGAUUAAUGAGUUGCAAGCAAGAACCAUUGAAUCCUCUGCACCCUCUCGUGACAAGAGUAAAACAAAAAAGCGAUUAAAUGAUAAAUCCUCAGCGCCUGGGUCCUGGAUUAGUGAUGGCAGGAAGGCCCUGACACAACGUGCUGGUGAAUUUCUUCAGAAUAUGGGGCAGGAUCUAGAUGCAGUAGCAAAAGAAUAUUCCUCAUUACUUGAGGAUUUUAUUUCUAAGUUGCCCAUGCAGCAACAUGUUGAUUUAAAGUUCCUCCUAUUUCGGCUUGACUUCACUGAAUUUUAUAGCCAGUUGCAUCCUAGUACGUAGAAAGAUGUACAUGUUGAAGCAAAUGUAUCUGCCAUUCAUGGCAGGAUCAAACCAAUUUCAGUUCAUUAGUUAUGCCAGCUCAUAUGGUGGAACAAUCAUGCUGCAGCUGGCUGACCAAUCAAAGUACCUUACAUUGCUUGAGUGUUAGAUGGUGUUUGCUUUUUUCUGAUGGGCUUGUGUGGAAGUUUAUGGUUUGACUUGAAGAUGUAUUUCAUCAGUAGAUCAGGGUGGAUAGUGUACACAUAUCAGCUGAUAUUUUAGGGGAUUUUUUUGGUGAGUUCUUUCAGCUUUGUGAGCUGUCCUUCA